UGGUGGGCGGGGCUUGCCGGCGGUCCUCAGCCUCGCGAGCGUCCACCUCAGUCGCGCGCUCAGUCCAGAGGGAAAGUUCGCGUCGACCGAAACUCGAAAGUUUGUCGGAGUGUGUUUGUCGAGGUGAUUUCUCGCACUUUACGGUCCAGCGCAGCGGCGAGUGGAGUAUAACCGAGUUUAAACGGACGAAGCAGGCGCUGCUGGGAUUAGAGAGUUUUUUUGUGGCAGGACAGGGCAGCGCGCGCUCACACGGACGCGCAUAACGCAGGAUCGUGUUUCAGUCCGAUUUGAAUUUAUUUGUGUACGAUCCGGAUCGGAUUCAGUUUGGACUGAAGAUUUAGAGGGACGACGUUUUAUCUUAAUUCGUGUGAAACUGGAGUGGACAGAAGUUAGUUUAGAAAGUUUUAUAGCCUAAAGUUCUUCAUGAUUCGGAUUUUCUCAUAUUUAAAAUAAAAACGCGUUUUAAGAGCCGGUCCGGAUCGGAUUGAUCAGACUGAAGUGAUCCUGUGGAUGUGAAUCUAAUGAGCUGACAGCAGGACUUCGAGAUGGAUCAUGUUUCCUGGAUCAUUUCUGUCCUCUGGUUCUGGUUCUGGACCGGAUUCAUCACAGCAGAGGAAGAGGUGCUGAUGAACACGAAGCUAGAAACAUCUGAUCUGAGAUGGACCAUCUACCCCAGCAGUGACCCUGAGUGGGAGGAGAUGAGCGGUUUGGAUGAGGAGGGCAACAGUGUCCGCACCUUUCAGAUCUGUCCGAAGGGAUGGUGAGACUUAGUUGAUUGAUUCGGAUGGGGAUUCGUUUCGUGGCGCGGAGCGACUCAGGUGUACGUGGAGAUCCGCUUCACUGUGAUGUGGUGUUCGGCCAGCCUUCCAGCUUCCGCACCUGCAAAGAGAUCAUUCAACCUGCACUAUUACCAGAGCGACGAGGACCAGUGGCCAGCAGCACACUGGCGCCCCGCCUGGUUGUUGGGCAACCCCUACAGCAAGGUACACACACUCACACACUCUCUCUCACUGAGUCGCGGCGGAGAGAAGAAGUCUAAUGUGAAGACGAUGCGUGUGGGUCCGCUGUCGAAGAAGGGCUUCUACCUGGCGUUCCAGGCUCAGGGUGCGUGCAUGGCCCUGCUUUCCGUCCGCGUCUUCUUCAAGAAGUGUCCCGCCGUCACCCGCGCCUUCUCCUCCUUCCCCGAGACGCUCCCUCACUCGCUGGUGCAGCAGGCCGAGGGCGUGUGUGUGAUAAACUCCGCCCCCACGGGCCAAGCCCCGCCCACCAUGUUCUGUGGGGAGGACGGUCAGUGGGUGGGGCCUCCCUCGUCCACCUGCGAGUGUAAACCGGGGUACGAGCCGGUGGACUCUGACCGCUGCAGGGCGUGUGGAUCGGGUCAGUAUAAAGCGUCUGUCGGGGGGAGUUUGUGUCGUAUGUGUCCAGACAACAGUAACACACACUCUCCUGGAUCCAGUGUGUGUUUGUGUCGCCCAGGAUUCCACCGCGCCGCCAGCGACCUUCCAGAUUCAUCCUGCACCAGACCGCCGUCGGCUCCGCGCAGCAUUGUCUAUCAGAUCAACGAUACGGUGGUGACGCUGGAGUGGUCGGAGCCGCUGGACCGCGGCGGGCGCUCUGAUCUGUCCUACAGCGUGGAGUGUGUGCGCUGCAGAGGCUCCGCCUGCGUCCCCUGCGCAGACAGCGUCACCUACAGGCCAGGGCAAGUGGGCGUGGCCGGGAGGCGGGUCAUCAUCCGUGGACUCCUCCCACACACCACCUACACCUUCACCGUCAUCGCCCAGAACGGAGUGAGCGCUGUCAGUCACGCAAGCCCCGCCUCCAGCUCCGUCAACAUCACCACCAGCAGAGACGUGGCCGUUCCAGUGUCUGGCAUCAGGAGGACUAAAGCGUCUGAGAGCAGCGUCUCCAUCAGCUGGACGGUUCCUCCACAGACGCAGCACAACAUUCAGGAGUAUCAGCUGCGCUACAGUCUGAAGGAUCAGGACGAUGGAUGGCAGUACGUCAGCAGUAAAACCAACUCUAUGGUUCUGAACGAUCUGACCCGCGCGUCACAGUACCAGGUGCAGGUCAGAGCCAGGACCGCAGCGGGAUACGGACACUUCAGCCCCGCCACCACCAUCAGCACACUACCUGACGAUGAAGAGUCUCCGUCGCGGCUGUUGCUCACCGGUGUGCUGGUUGCUAUAGGACUGCUGAUUCUCAUCGCCGUGGUGAUCGUUGCUGUGUUCUGUUUCAGGCGCUCCAGCCGCACGCGGGAUCCGGACCCGGAUAAGAGCGGCCAGUUCCUGAUGGGUCAGGGGAUUAAAGUGUACAUCGAUCCGUUCACAUACGAGGAUCCGAACGAGGCGGUGAGGGAGUUCGCUAAAGAGAUCGACGUGUCGUUCGUGAAGAUCGAGGAGGUGAUCGGUGCCGGUGAGUUCGGUGAGGUGUGUCGCGGCCGGCUCAAGGUUCCCGGGAAGAAAGAGAACUACGUGGCCAUUAAGACCCUUAAGGCUGGCUACACAGACAAGCAGAGGCGGGACUUCCUGUCCGAGGCGUCAAUCAUGGGUCAGUUCCAGCAUCCCAACAUCAUUCACCUGGAGGGAGUGAUCACAGCUUCCUGUCCCGUGAUGAUUCUGACCGAGUACAUGGAGAACGGCGCACUGGACUCCUUCCUGCGGCUGAACGACGGUCAGUUCACGCCCAUCCAGCUGGUGGGGAUGCUGCGUGGGAUAGCGUCCGGUAUGAAGUACCUGUCGGAGAAGAGUUAUGUUCACCGGGAUCUGGCGGCGCGAAACAUCCUGGUCAACAGUAACCUGGUGUGUAAGGUGUCUGACUUCGGCCUGUCCAGAUUCCUGACAGAGAACUCGUCUGACCCCACGUACACCAGCUCACUGGGCGGGAAGAUCCCGAUCCGCUGGACGGCUCCUGAAGCCAUCGCCUUCCGUAAGUUCACCUCGGCGUCAGACGUCUGGAGCUACGGCAUCGUCAUGUGGGAAGUGAUGUCGUUCGGAGAGAGACCCUACUGGGACAUGAGCAACCAGGACGUGAUCAACGCCAUCGAGCAGGACUACCGCCUGCCUCCUCCCCCAGAAUGCCCUGCGUCUCUGCACCAGCUGAUGCUGGACUGCUGGCAGAAGGAGAGAUCGUCUCGCCCGCGCUUCUGUGCCAUCGUCUCUGCCCUCGACCGACUGAUACGCAACCCAGCCUCGCUCAAGAUCACCGGACGCAUCUCAGACGGGCCAUCUCACCCUCUGCUGGACCAGCGUCCUCCGCCGUCGCUCUCUCACUGCAGCUCAGUGUCCGACUGGCUCCGGGUCAUCAAGAUGGAGCGAUACGAGGACAACUUCCUGCAGGCCGGCUUCACCUCCAUCCAGCUCCUCUCACACAUCUCCACCGAGGAUCUUCUGCGGAUCGGCGUGACUCUAGCGGGACACCAGAAGAAGAUUCUGUCCAGCGUCCAAACGCUGCGGGUCCACGGCGGCUCCCUGCGAUACUGACGCUUCCCAGCAUUCCCUGCUUCGCUACCAGACUGAUCGACCAAUCACUGUGCAGCACCACAGAGCCAGCCAAUCAGGACAGAGACAGACGUCAGAGACUGAUGGAUUUUCUCUUUGGUCUCAGGAGCGUCUCAUGAAGAGACGGACGAGCGUUACGUCACAGACAUCAGAGGAUGACGUGUUACAGUUGCCGCGGCAACACCGCUGCAUUAUGGGAGCUUAAUCGGAUCUUCACAUUGAAGAUCAUUAUAAUUAUUAUUAUAAAGUGAGAUUAUUUUGUAAUUAUUAUUUUGUACGUAUCAAAACAGCACAAAUAAUGAACGAAUGUUUGUUUAGCAAAAGUACUGUGGGAGCUGUCAAUCAAACAGAGUGUAAUCUGUGUGACCAAUCACAUUAAAGAUCUGCACUGGCCCCUCCCAGCAGAGCAGCUGCA